AUCGAAUACAAUCCUGUUACCAGGCACCGGCAUACUUUGCGCAGCCCCUUACAAUAUACGAGUCAAUCGAAGGACACCAAGCGAUGGGUGAGGUAACUCUGCCUGUUGGGCUGUCAAUCGCAGCCGUUAGUCCUGUCUUCCCACUUAGUAACAUCGCCGAUCCUGCUGUGACCGCAAGUAGGAGAGUUCUGGAUGGAGAAAAGACGCAGUUUGUCAUGCCUGGAGAGCGGAUAUGUGCCCUGCAAUAUUGUAAAAUUUCUUAUCGUUGGCUGCACAGUAGGAAUAUUGAGAACCUCAGACUGUCCGACGUGCCGCAGUGGACAGCCAAAGAGAGCUGGAGGAAGGCGAGUGUUGAUGAGGCAAAAUACGAGCCCGAUAUUCUGGAGGUAGAGACUGUGGAAUUGAAACAGCUUGAGGGAGACUGGUACAGAGAAGAAGGAGAAGGAGGCGACAUUCUGCUAAUGCAGUCCGUUGAGGAAAGGGAUGAAUUCUGAGCGAAGCCGCUUCGCAAAGGAACGUGUGCUAGGUGGGUCGCAUUUUAUGUAUCUAUAGCCCAUCCCACUUGAAAUAAAUUCUCCUCUCCUG